UAAUUUUGAACGUUUUCGAAAUUCCUUGUCCCGGAAGUACAUUUUUAGUGUUGCUGACGAGCCGCUGAUGAUGAUGCCACGCUAAAGUGCUGUUCACAUCACACAAGUUUGCCAUGAUGAUUUCUAAUGAGACGAGUUCAUAAGCUCUCACAGACCCCUGUAGAUCCUGACCUGCGGUGUUCUGUUCAUCAUGAUUACUCCAGCGUUUGAGUUGAGCCAGGACCCAACUUUCCUAAUCCUGACCAUCCGUGUGCCCUACACGAGAACAUCAGAGUUUGAUCUCUACAUCGAUGGAGAUGAUUUCAAAUUCUAUGCCAAGCCUUACUUCCUCAGACUGACCUUACCUGGAAAGAUAGUGGAGGAUGGGAGGGAAAAGGCCACUUUCAACAUUGAUAAAGGUCUUUUUACCCUGCACGUCCCCAAGGAGACAGCAGGGGAACACUUUGAAGGGCUCCAGAUGCUGACUAGUCUCCUGGCUCCCAAAGGCUCCCGCUCAGCCAAGCCUCUGGUGGAAGACAUGGAAGCGUGCAGUGGUAUUUUGGAUGGUGAGGAAGAGGAUGACGAAGAGGAGUUUGACUGGCAGGUUGAGCAGGAGGUGUACAUGGACACCUCAGAGGAGCAGCUGAAGGAACUGCAGAAGUAUGGCUUUGGAAGUCAGAGGUCCGGAGUGUUCACUCGACUGCAGGAGGAGCUGAGUGAUGUCAUCGACAUCCAAAACCCAGAUAGAACCACAGGGUCAGAGAGGAGAAGGAAACGACUGGAUGCUGAGACGUCCAUAUUCUGCCCUGACCAUUACCUUGCUGACCUGUUUGAGGACGAGGAGAUCCAGGGUCUGCUGAAGUUCCGCCCUUGGUGGUCUGAUCUGUGCCCAGACUCCAUCCGGCAGGGAGAGGCAGCGGUGUCCUUCACUGAUGAUGAGAAGGAGCAGCUAAGAAAGUUUACCAACCAUUCCUACAUCCUGGACAAGAAGUCCCGUUUCCAGGUGUGGCUCAGCCUGGUGGACAUCAUCCUGGCAUACUGCUACGAAUUGCGCACUACAGAGGGAGAGCACAACGUUGAAUCACCGUGGACCAUCAGAAAACUAAGUGGGACUCUCUGCUGGCUUGAGACAUACAGCUCGAUGCAGGAGGUCUUGGUGUCCUUUGGGAGGAGGGUGUUGUGUUACCCGCUCUACAGGCACUUUUCUCUGGUCUCUGCAGCCGUGCAGGAUGCGGCUCGGGUCUUCCAGUCAGGGAAAGCCUGCAUCCUGAAGUGCUUGUUGGAUAUUCACAAAGUCUUCCGGGAGAAUGAACCGGCCUACAUAUUGAACGACCUCUACAUCACAGACUACUGCGUCUGGAUCCAGAGGGUCAAGUCCAGGAAGGUGACAGCUUUGGCCGAUCCCUUACGGAAAGUAUCCCUACGGAAAAGAGACCUGGAUCUGGAGUUGGAGGUGCUGGAGACGGCAGCGACGCUGGUAGAGGAAGAAGAGAAGGUGGAGGACGGGGGGAAAAGCCCCAGGAGAACUCCUCUGUUACACAUCAGAGAGGAGUCCGACAGCAACGACAGUAGCAGCGACUCGUCUGAGGAGAGUGAGGACUCUGAAGCUGAAGGGAAGGACUGUGCUGACAGAACAGAGGGAGGAGGAGAGGGAGCCGAGGCCAUCCCCAUACAUCCCCGGCCUGCUGCCCCUCCCAUCCACCAGGAGUCCUGUGCUGUUCUCACAUCAUCCGAGAGGAAGCCCAGCACCCUCCCAUCUGCUGUGUCCUGCCCCAGACAGCUGAUCCAGGAGCUGGGAGAGAGGGUGGAGGAGGGGCUGUGGAUUUCAGCACAGCCUCAGGGCAGCAGGCAUUCCAGGAGCAGUGCACAGGGAGAGGCAGAGAGAGACUGUUCACAGCCUGCGACUGCCACAGCCACUGCAACAGAUACUGCCCGCACAGGGGCUUUCCUAGAGCUGAGUCCUCGCAGAAACCCUCUUCUGAUUGUCAAAACAGAUACUGGUGAUGAUGAUCUUGAUGAGGAUGAUAUCGAUGAGGAUGACUAUUAGCAGAUAUCACAGAAAACAUGUCGUUAAGGAACUUUACAUGCAUGCAUGACAGCUGAUGUCGCAGAUGCUUAUUUGCCCACAAUCAAUAAUAACUUCUGUAUUGUUAUUUUUGUAUUUUCCUACUUCUAAAAUGGAAAUGUUGAUUAAUUUAUAGAUACAUUGCAUGGCUCAUUUUAGUGUUAUAGCUCACUUGAGGAGUUUCAAAAGCUUCCAUACUUUGUGUCUAUGUGCAAAGCUUUUCAUACCAAGCUAAGCAUUUUGUUAAUAAAACUGAUUAUAUGAAUUAUGCAGAUUACUCAGAUCUAUUCAAGGGGAUGCAGCCAUUGCAUUGCACUUUGUUUGAAGGCUCUUAGAUUAGCAUAUGCAUUUCAUGCACAACCAUUUCCUUCCAAGAAAGGAGAAGGGGUGGUUGUUGGGAGAUAAGAAACGGGACAGACCCCAACCGGAAAUGUCAGCUGCUGCUUCAGAAUUUCUCUUGAGACAUUGACUUCUCAUGUAGAAUGCAGUGACUUUACCGCCAACACUGGUACACUUCAUGGUAUCCUGCCAACACUAAAAACUUCAGUUUAAAAUGUGUUCACACAUUGUUACUGUCUGAACUUAAAUUACAAAAUGGUUGGCACUAUGCAUUGAGGUACAUAGCAUUCUCCUGGCAUCCGCCAAACCCAGAUUUGUCCCUCCAGAGUCUGAUGGUAGCGAGCUUUACACCACUCCAGCCGACGCUUGGCCAUGUGCAUGAUGAUCUUAGGGUUGUGUGUGGCUGCUCGGCCAUGGAAACCCAUUUCAUGAAGCUCCUGACAAACAGUUAUUGUGCUGACGUUGCUUCCAGAAGCAGUUUGGAACUCGGUAGUGAGUGUUGCAACCGAGGACAGACUAUUUUUACGCUCUUCAUCGUUCAGCUGUCCCGUUCUGUGAGCUUGUAUGGCCUACCACUUCGCAGCUAAGCCGUUGUUGCUCCUAUACGUUCCACUUCACAAUAACAGCACUUACAGUUGACCGGGGCAGCUCGAGCAGGGCGGAAAUUUGACUAACCAACUUGUUGGAAAGGUGGCAUCCUAUGACCAUGCCACAUUGAAAAUCCCUGAGCACUUCAGUAAGGCCAUUCUACUGCCAAUGUUUUACUAUGGAGAUUGCAUGGCGGUGUGCUCGAUUUUAUACACCUGUACGCAACUGGUGUGGCUGAAAUAGCAGAAUUCAACUAAUUUGAGGGGAUAUCCACAUACUUUUGUAUGUCUAUAUAUGUGUACUUGGCAAAUCUACAUAUUUUUGUAUUAAUGAAUAUCGCUCGAAACAACAGAAUAAACCAUUUUGAAUGACCUGCCUACAAUAGAAAAGAGGAUAAUUAUAUGUCAACUUUAUUUCUCAACUCUUAAUAUUGAGCAAAUGACACUCUCUGGAGUAUCUGACAUAGGCUUUGAGCACCCGUGAAUAGGCUACCAGUGGCUGCUUGUAAGCUUUCUUGACUUGGAGAUACAUUUUUGCCAACACGUGGCUAACCAUUGUUCAUCCGGCUCAACAGCUGCUCUUUGCAAAAUAUGUUUGACACUACCUUUCCAGCUAAUAGGCUAUGUUAGAGUUUACACUUCCUCUUAAUUAUUGGGAGGUGAAAAUAAUGAAGAAACUGAUGUUUUGACAUCAAGCUGAAGUUUUAUUCAGUGAAGAAAUGUCAGUCACCUGUACUGAUCUUGAACAAUGGAUUAAAGUGAGCUAA